GAUUCCUCCUCUCCUCUUCCUGUAUCCAGGAUAUUCAUAGACCUUCGCUCUUUCUUUCCGGUGGAACCUACGGCGGCAAGGCCUGCUUUGCAUUUUUCAGAGACCGUGUGCCUUCGUGGCUUCAUCCACAGUCCCUCGAUAUCUUCACAGUCUUCAUCCAAACUUUAGCUUGUAUCGCCUCUGUGUUUGACCAAUGGACCACUAGGGAAGCGACUCACCAUGGAGAAGUUCUCCCAAUAUCGGGAUAGAGGAUCUGGAAUCGCUCCAUUCUUCCCCGUCACCACGAGUACUGCGGCACUUGCGUUACCGUUGCACAUAUUCCUGUUCACCAUACGCAUACCCUUACUCCUGACCGUCGCACUGUCCUAUUAUCUCUUUUUUGGGUGGCUGCCGAUACGCUCGCUUGGGAAGAAGGCCGCUCUAUGGUUGAUAUUGGGGAUCCCGGGCAUAUGGUGGGUUGAUUUGCAGAUCGAUGGGGUCAAACGAGGAUCGCUAGCAAAACAACAUUUGAGCCGACUUCCUCACCCCGGAACCAUCAUCGCGUCCUCGUUCACCUCCCCGAUUGACUCCUUAUAUCUUGCUGCCAUCUUCGAUCCGAUCUUCACGGUGUCCUACCCGAACACACCCCUUGUUCGGCCCGUGUCUCUCCUAUCCUCCAUACUCCGCGCCUUCCUCUCUCCACGUCUCUUACCGUCCGACAAAGAUGCAGCCGCCCUCAUGACCCUGGCACAGCUCCGCGCCAAGCACCCCGACCGAAUCAUUGUAGUCUUACCAGAAUGCACCACAUCGAACGGCCGAGGCAUCCUUGCUCUCUCUCCAUCUCUAACGACGGCACCGGCGGGAACGAAGGUAUUCCCCGUAAGCCUGCGGUACACCCCUCCCGACAUCACGUCUCCUCUGCCCGGAAUUCGAUCCGGCAUUGCCUGGCUCUGGCGGCUUUGCAGUCGCCCCACGCACUGUAUACGCGUCCGCAUCGGCGCGGCCAUCGAUCCCGCCGACAUGCGGGCCGCCGUUUCUCCACGAGGCCUAUCGUCCAGCUGGGUAGACGUCGCGGAAGAGACGUCGCCGGCACGUCGGUCUAGCGCCCAAGCGAAGCCAAUGAAGGGUGAUCGGCUACUGGUCGGGCAAAGCGGGCUGUCCAAAGACCAGGAACGCUUCCUGGAGCGGGUAGGGGAGGAUCUAGCGCGGUUGGGGAGGGUCAAGAGGGUUGGGCUUGGCGCGAAAGAGAAGGUGGAUUUCUUGAGGUUAUGGGAGAAACGGGGGCGAUGA